AUGGCCCAAUCGAACACGCAGACCUGCACCGAGACGUAUCAAGAGACUUCUAGCUCGGAAGUGUACGAGCUCGGUGGCAUCUUGCCCGAGAAGAAUAGGUCGAAAGAGCACCACCAGUCGACUGACUCAAAGGGCGUCGAUGUCACUCCGCCGCCGAAUGCCCAUGUCGAAAUUGAGAGGUGGAACUGGCCCAAGGCCAACGCUGGCAGGCUUGUAUUUGCUUGCUUAUCGUUCGCCAUUGCUGGAAUGAAUGACGCCGCAGUUGGAGCUUUGAUCCCAUACAUCGAAAAUUACUAUGAUCUCAGUUACACUAUUGUGUCUCUUAUCUUCCUGACCCCUUUCGCUGGAUACUCCGUUGCCGCCUUUACCAACGCCCGUAUUCAUCAAACUUUUGGGCAGCGAGGUAUCGCGAUAAUGGCACCCCUUUGCCACAUCAUCACCUACAUCAUUUUAGCACUCCACCCUCCCUACCCCGUGCUUGUUAUAGCCAACACGAUUAGCGGAUUUGGUAACGGCUUGACAGACGCCUGCUUUUGCGCUUGGGUUGGUGUGAUGGAUAAGGCGAACACCAUACAGGGCUUCUUGCAUUCAUUUUAUUCAGUGGGCGCCCUCGUCUCACCACUCGUCGCGACGUCCAUGGUCGUGAAAGCAGAGCUACCGUGGUAUAACUACUACUAUCUGAUGAUUGGCAUGUCCGUGCUUGAGUUGGUCGGCCUUACCAUCACCUUUUGGAAAAAGACCGGCGGGGUCUACCGCGCGGAGCACACGCGAGAGAACCAAGACGGCGGCGCCGGCACCAGGGCUGCCCUCAAGUCGAGGGUCACCUGGCUCUGCUCCUUAUUUUUCUUCGCAUAUCUGGGCGUCGAAGUUGGUCUCGGUGGCUGGAUCGUCACCUUCAUGCUGCGGGUCCGUAAGGCAUCAGCCUAUGUUUCUGGUAUCUCCGCCACCGGAUUCUGGGCCGGGCAAGCCCUCGGCCGAGCCGGCCUAGGCUUUGUGACUGAGCGAUACGGUGAGAGGCUGUGCAUCAGCGUCUACCUGGCUUGUUGCAUCGCUCUGCAGCUGCUGUUCUGGCUCGUUCCCCAACUCGUUGUCUCAGCUAUUACUGUGGCUUUCUUGGGCUUCUUUCUGGGACCCAUGUUUCCCGGCGCUGUGAUGAUGACCGCCAAACUGCUUCCGAAGCACAUUCACGUGAGUGCUAUAGGUUUUGCCAUGGCUAUCGGUGGCACCGGCGGCACGGUCUUCCCUUUUAUCAUUGGCGCGAUCGCGGCUAGCAGAGGCGUUGGUGUCCUACAACCUAUCAUUCUCUCGCUUAUUGCUGUGGUUGCUAUCGUGUGGCUCUCUUUUCCCCGUAUCAAGAAAAGGAAUUAA